GCGGGCAGGGCAGUACCACGUGCGCGGCGAAGCGGGGGGAGGCGGCUGGGGCGCGGGAGUUGAAGUGCCGCCGCGCCGGCGAGGCGGGUUCAUCAGUCAUGGCACGGAGGGCCUUGAAACUGGCCUCAUUGGCAGCAGCUGCUUCUGGCAUCUAUCUGUAUGGAAACAAGUUCGUGGAUCCCAAUGAUUUUGGAGUUGUUCGUGUGGGCCGAGCCAUUGCCACAACGGCAGUUAUCACUUAUGACUACCUCACCUCUCUUCGGAGUGUCCCAUAUGGAUCAGAGGAGUAUGACUUCCUCAAAUCACAGGUGCAUCUGCGCUCUGCUGAGCGCCUCCGGGACCUGUGCUGCACCAACAGAGGCACCUUCAUCAAAGUGGGACAGCACCUGGGAGCACUUGAUUACCUGCUACCUGAGGAGUACACUCGCACCCUCAAAGUGCUGCACAGCCAGGCCCCGCAGAGCACCAGGCAGGAGAUUGAGCAAGUUAUUCGUGAGGAUCUGGGCAAAGAGAUAAAAGAGCUCUUCCUGAGUUUUGAGGACACUCCCUUGGGAGCAGCAUCGCUAGCCCAGGUGCACAAGGCAGUGCUGCAGGAUGGAAGAACAGUGGCAGUGAAAGUCCAGCACCCAAAGGUUCAAGCUCAGAGCUCCAAGGAUAUUUUGCUUAUGGAGGUCCUCCUCUUGGUUGUGAAGCAGAUCUUUCCAGAUUUUGAGUUCAUGUGGCUAGUGGAAGAAGCUAAGAAGAAUCUGCCCUUGGAGCUGGAUUUCCUCAAUGAAGGCAGGAAUGCUGAGAAGGUUGCUCAUAUGCUCAAGAGCUUUGACUUCCUGAAGGUCCCCAGGAUCUACUGGGAGCUCUCAACAAGGCGUGUCCUUCUCAUGGAGUUUAUGGAAGGGGGACAGGUGAACGACAGGGCCUACAUGGAGAGGAAUGGCAUCAAUGUCAAUGAGAUCUCUCGCAACCUGGGGAAGCUCUACAGUGAAAUGAUCUUUGUGAACGGCUUUGUGCACUGUGACCCGCACCCGGGCAACGUGCUCGUGAAGAAGUGCCCAGCCUCUGGCAAGGCCCACAUUAUCCUCCUGGACCACGGGCUCUACCAGGUGCUGAGCGAGUCAUUCCGCAUGGACUACUGCCGCCUUUGGCAGGCCCUCAUCAAGGCCGAUAUGAAAAGGGUGCAGAAGUACAGCCAGCGGCUUGGGGCAGGGAAUUUGUACCCCCUCUUUGCCUGCAUGCUGACGGCCAGAUCCUGGGAGUCUGUCAACAGGGGCAUUGACCGGUCGCCAGUCUCAGCCAGCGAGGACGUGGAGAUCCGGUCCAACGCUGCUGCUUACCUACCCCAGAUCACCCAGCUCCUCAACAAUGUCCCCCGCCAGAUGCUGCUGCUGCUGAAGACCAAUGACCUGUUAAGGGGGAUUGAGUCAGCCCUGCACACACGGGCCAGUGCCAGCUCCUUUCUCAACAUGUCUCGCUGCUGCAUCAGAGCUGUUUCCACGUACCAGAGGAGCAAGAGUCACUCGUUUUACAGGAAAGUCCAGAUCUCAUUCACAGAAGCCCUGAGCCUGUGGCAGAUCAACUUGUAUGAACUCUUCCUGUGGCUGAAGGGGUCGCAGCUGGGGAGCUGGGUCAUUGCUCUCCUGAGCCGGACGCACCAUUCCACGUACUGACAUGAACUAGUGGGAGAGGCCCGGGUGCUCCCUCCCUCCGUCGCUCCCUCCCUUCCACUCUCCAUGGCACAUUUGCCUUUCUGACUAUUUCUGUCUAUUCUGUGGGCUAUUUUUGGGUCUUGUUCCACGUUACGUGCUGCACUGUCCUUGCCUGUUACAGCAUUAGCUUUCUCUGUGGCACGGAGAGGUGGAGUCUGCACGGGAGCUCUGCCGUUUCAGGGGUGAGGAAAAGGAGGUGUGGGAUACCGUGCGUCUGGAAGGGCAGGGUACUUUCUUUCCCCAUCUGAGCAGAGGAAAUUCCACUCAAAUUCCAGUGGGACUGCACUGGAAGCAAAAGCCUCUCCUUGGCUUUUUCUUAAACAAUCAUAGAGAAUUUAAGAGAAUCCCAACCCUGCCCAAAACGUUUCUCAGACCCUCAGAGGGAGGUGGUGAAGUCCCUUUAAAAUCCAAUGAGGUUUAUGUUAGUUUUUGCAGUCUCCUUAGUCUGAUUUCUGUUCAGGUGUGUAGAGAGUUUCUCAGAGGAGUGGGAUCUCGUGGAGAGCUGGCACUAGGGCUGGCUCAUAAACUAGCUGGCACCUGGUGCAGAGAGGGGACCGUAACGGUGGGAGUGGUGGACUGGGAGUGUGGCUUUCUGAGGUUUGUCUCCAGUCCUGUCAGCAAGUGCCUCUGUUUUUGGACUUUUCCUGGCCUGUUCCCUUGCAAGUGAAAUAGGGGAAAGGGACAAUGGUCCUGUCUCUUUUCUGAAAUUCAGGGAAGGCAGGCGGAAUGACAACUCAGGGCUCUGAAACUGCUGGUAAUGUAUGUAUACUGUACAGUACUGCCACACAGCAAAAUAAAUGUGUUGUAUCAAAGA